AAACAAAGUAGAAAACAAAACAAAACUGGCUUGCUCAUUCUGCCUUGGAGACACACUUCUCUCAGGCAAAAAGCUUUUAGGGACAACAUUCCCAAAUUAUUUGAAGAUGCCUGCCCAUCCUUUCCUACUGGUUGCUAUGGUGAGAGAUGACGGAGCCCAAGAUGGGUAUAAUACGAGGCAGCGUGCGGAGCAGGGAUUUAGCAGAGCAAGAGGGACACAGCGGUGAGAAGAGGGGAAGGUGCUGCGCCGCUCUCCUGCACUGAGGGGCUGCUGCAGAGGUGCUGGGGAGGGACAUGAUGAACAUCGAAGUGCACAACAUCACCUACACCAGUGCCACAGUCUCCUGGACCACCACCAAUCCCUGUCCGGAGAACUACUACCACGUCAUGUACCGCCCCAACUGGAACAGCGUCUUUGCCGGCUAUUUGCGCCAAAACUUCCACCGUGAGGAGCGAGUUCCCCACUCCCUCAGCUCCAUCAUCCUCCAUCGCCUCACGCCCUCCACCAUCUAUGUCCUCUGCAUCACGUGCAAGAACUCCUAUCCCUCCAGCAACCACUGCACCACGUUUCACACGCUGGACCAAAACCCCCUACUUUUCAGCAGCUCUAAGCACGAGCCCACCACCUCCAUGUGGAUGGUGAGCAGCUUGUUGCUGCUCUGCUUUAUAGCUCUCUUAGUCUACGGCUGCCUGCAGUUCUGGGCUGCACAGUGCUGUGGGCCUUCCAGGCCAAAGCAACAUGAUGUCAGCCCCGAAGAAGUGGGUGAAGGCAGCAGCUCGCUGGAUGGUCCUCUGAGUGAUGGACUGAAAGAAGAGCUUCUAGAAGUGCCCAUGACCACUGUGCUCAUGAGGAGCUCUAGUUUCACGAGGGAGAGUCCAUAUAGUUCCCCACGCUGCUUCUUCCCCUAUAAGAACAGUGAUGAUAAGACAGCCAUCUUGCCGCAGCAUGGCCUUCAGUGA